AUGGACAAUAUUACGCCAGACCAAUGGCAGGCGAUUGUGAACAAAAAGCUUAAUUUCCCCCCGGAGCUGAUAGCAGCCAUUCAGGAAGACAACGCAAUUCUGGUGGGCAGCCUGCUGUCCACAGGGGAUGGCAUCAUCCGCCAGCUAGAUGAAUCUGAGGACCGUCUGUGGAGAGAAGCCCUGAACCUGUCCAUCCGCAUGGGCAAUGAGGACACUUUCUCCGCUCUGAUGCUGGGCGUCAAGUUUGACUUUAGGCAGAUCUACGAGGCGCUGCUGGUGGCGGUGGACACCAACCAGCCCCGGGUGGUCAAGAGGCUCCUGGACCGCCUGGACCAGGAAAAGGGCAACAAGAUGGAUGUGCGCUCAUUCUCCAUGGCCAUAUUUGACCACUCCAUUGAUGACUCCCAGUUUGCCCCCGGAGUGACCCCGCUGACCCUGGCCUGUCAGAAGGACCUGUAUGACAUUGUCACCAUGUUGACUAAGAAGGGUCAUGCCAUCCCUCUGCCUCACUCUAUCUCCUGUACCUGUCUGGAGUGCAGGAACGGCCGUCAGUAUGACCUGCUGAAGUUCUCUCUGUCUCGUAUCAACACCUACCGGGGUAUGGCCAGCCGGGCAUACCUCUCCAUCACCACAGAGGAUGCCAUGCUCAGUGCCUUCAGACUCAGUCGGGAGCUACGCAUGCUCUCCAAGAAAGAACCUGAAUUUAAGCCCCAGUACCUGAGCCUGGAAGAGCUGUGUCAGGAGUUCGCAGUGGAGAUGCUGGCCAUGUGUCGCAACCAGAGUGAGGUCACAACGGUCCUGAACAUCUGUGAUGACGAUAAUGAAGAUGAACUGGACGAGCAGACCUUUGAGGAGGGGAUUCCAACCCUGUCACGCCUACGCCUUGCAGUCAAUUACAAUCAAAAACUGUUUGUGAGUCAUCCCAUCUGCCAGCAAGUGCUGUCGUCCAUUUGGUGUGGAAACAUCCCAGGGUGGCGGGGCAGCAAGACGGUCUGGAAGCUCACGGUGUCUCUUGGGAUCUUCUUCACCAUGCCUCUCCUCUGUAUGACCUACUGGGUCGCUCCCAAGUCCAAGAUUGGAAAUACUUUGAAGAUACCUGUGAUCAAAUUCCUGCUGCACUCUGCCUCCUACCUGUGGUUCAUCAUCGCCCUUCUAGCUGAGUCUAUUUUCAUGGAGCUGUACCGCGAUGAGUUCGCAUCCCGGCAGCAAAACAUCCUCUACAACUCCCUCCAUAUGAUCUGGGUGGUCGGUUUCUUCUGGAGUGAGUGUAAGAAUGUGUGGGCGGAGGGUCUGAGGGGUUACAUCGUGGACUGGUCCAACAUUCUGGACAUGAUAGUACUCAGCAUGUACUUGGCCUCCUUCGGUCUUAGAGUCCUCAUCAUGGCAAUUGGUCAUUUUGUUUGCCAAGACCAAAACUUGGUUGAGAAGUGUGCCUACUUCACCCAAACAGUGCGGGAUGAAUGGUGGCAGGAGGACCCUCAGCUGAUCUCAGAGAUUCUGUUCGCUGUGACCAGCAUGCUCAGCUUCACCCGACUGGCCUACAUCCUGCCUGCCCAUGAGUCUCUGGGUACUCUACAGAUCUCCAUUGGUAUAAUGAUAGAUGACAUGAUGAGGUUCAUGUUUGUCUUGAUGAUCAUUGGAACAGCUUUUCUCUGUGGACUGAAUAAUAUCUACGUGCCCUACGCAACUUCUCCACAUCUUGGACGCUUCAAUGAAACCUUCAGCUUUCUCUUCUGGACCAUGUUUGGUGCAUCUAAUCAAGGCUAUGUGGACAUGCCAGAUUUUGUCCUGGCUCAGUUUGUAGGCAGGGUCCUGUAUGGGGUCUUCACUCUCGUCAUUGUCAUUAUCCUGCUCAAUAUGCUUAUCGCCAUGAUCACUAAUUCAUUCCAGAAGAUAGAGGAUGAUGCUGAUGUUGAAUGGAAGUUUGCUCGUUCAAAGCUCUACUUGAGUUACUUCAGAGAGGGCUCCACUAUACCUGUACCCUUCAACCUCGUCCCCUCUCCAAAGGCCUUGUUCUACUUACUGAGGUGCUUUUUCUGUUGCUGCAACCGAAAGAAGAUUCCAGACUAUCCUCCUAUUGCCUCUAUGUCCAACAGUACAAUGAACAACAGUGGAGUGGCAGGGAUGGACCGAGUGUCAUAUCGCCUGCAGGUGGUCAAGGCGCUGGUACAGCGCUACAUAGAAGCAGCCCGCAGGGAGUUUGGAGAGGCGGCACGUAAAGAUGUGGGGAACCGGAUCACAGAGCUGAACAAGGGGGUGGGGAGACUUCACUCUGAUAUGAAGAAGUUCUAUCAGAACCUGCCGAACAGAAAGGGUGAUGGAGGCAACUUCCUGGGCAAGUACAUAAAAGGAGCAAAGAACAACUUUAAGAACUUUGAUAAAAAUGAGGCAAUGGGGAAUAGCCCAGACCUGUUACGAGUCAAUCUGCACCUCGUAGGGGUGGUGGACGAGGGGAAGAAAGAGGAGGGGAAAACAGAAAUGAUCCCAGGAGGUGUUUACAGAGAAAAACACCCCCACAAACAACAGUGUCAGCUUGCUGUUCACCUGCUGUUUGUGCCAGGCCUGGUGAACCCCUGGGGCGUGACCAGUCAUUCAUUACCAGGAGCCCUGGAGCCCAGAGGCCAAGAGCACGGUCCUCUAUGGGCCUGGGAAAUGACUAUGUUCAGGGACACCACGCCGUCCGUGUCACACAGGUGUAUCGGAUCUCAGAACCUGGAAGAUACCAGUUCUUGCUGGAUGGAAUCCCAGAGCCGACAAGUAUGA